UUAGAGACUUUCCAGUCGGACCUUAAUCUUUAUCAUAGAGUUUCCAGUUUGUCUCAGAUUGUAAUCUCACGCACUAAACAGGACACCUCAAUAAACAGGCCUGGAACCGAGGAAAUUACAAACCGGACGUUACUCAUAGUCUAUGUCAUUCAGAGGUGGGCGAGACGUAGAUCGUUUGAUAUCCGCCAUUCGAAGAAGAACACGGUAUUAUUUUAACUGUUUUUCGCCAGCUUUGGUUGUAAUACUUCUAGCACCGGUUUCUACAGCUCUCAAGCCAGUCUUCUUUAAAGUGUUCACUAGCCUGUGUGACUUUCUAUCAUGUCUGUUCACAUUGCCGUGACAACGAUAUUAACCCUCCUCAUCGUUGUGGACAUCAUCGGUAACUCUCUUGUUUGUAUCAUCAUAACAAGGAAUUCUGAAAUGAGGACUCCCAUGAAUUACCUCCUUGCAAACCUCGCGAUUUCAGACAUCAUGUUCGCCAGUUUUCAAGCUCCAAAUCAUAUCCUGAAAAGAGCCUUUACCCACCCGAAAGGAACUGUUGGCUCAACGUUAUGUAAAGUGCUCACUAACGGAAAUGUGGCAUGGAUAGGAGCGGCGGCUUCGGCUGUAACUCUGGUUGCUAUAGCAGUUGAACGUUACUUUGCAGUGGCGUGUCCCAUUGGUACCCAAAGAAAACUUACCAAACAGAAAGUGAAGGUAAUCAUUUUUGGAUGUUGGAUCUUUGCGGUGACUUUAAACUCGCCAUUGAUUUCGGUGACGAUAUUCGAUGAAACAACCGGCGACUGCAAGUGGGAUUGGCCUGAGCAGUGGAUGGGUGCAGCAAAUGAGACCACGUGGCUUGUACUGUUGGCCUGUAUUCCUUUAACAAUAAUGACAGGGUUAUACUCAAGGGUUGUGUAUAAAUUGUGGUUUCAGCGAAAUGAGGAAAAUAGAUCAGCGUGUCGACAAAAGGGAGUACUGAAGGUGAGGAAACGAGCCACCUUGAGUGUGAUCACAGUCAGUGCCAUCUUUGGAAUCUGUUGGAUCACUGGCUUAUUGAUUUACGUUUUGAGUUACUACGACAUCUUCAUGUUUGGCUCGGCUUCUUCGUACGUCAUUGCUGACACCUUGUUUAUGUUCAAUUCUGCUGUCAACCCGUUUGUUUACUCGCUGCUCAAUCAACGUUUCAGACAGAAGCUGAAGGGAAUGAUGUGUUGCUUAUCCUUUCCUGCCAACGAGGAUCUCACCCUAAGCGAACCUGGUGAAGCUGCACUUCCUAAAAACUCACCACACGCGACUAAUUCUUCAGGAGCAUGCACAAGUUCAACACUAUCGAUAACCAAAUCCGAAAAACGGUUCAGCAGUAAUUUGACUCAACUGUGAGAAUAAAUUAAAGAGCGAAAAUUUUCUAGGACUCGAACAAUUUUCUUGGAGUUUUUACAUAUAUUUAGAUAUGGGAAAAGAAAAUCCAGUAAAAGAAAAAAACAUUUUAUCUACCACUUGCUUACACUCCAGCGAGUUUAGGAUCGAAAGGAAUG